AAAAAAGGGUUUUAGCAGAUACCUAAUAGCACAAUCCAAAUCGAAAACUGAUGGAUACUUCAGAUCUUAAUUCCCCUGAAUUGCAGCGAUUUCUCAAUCAAGAAAAGGAAAAGGCCAUGGUUAAUGAAAUGGUGGCAAAGCUAACAAAUGUUUGCUGGGACAAAUGCAUCAGUACACCUGGUAGUAAGUUCAGCUCCAGUGAAACAGCUUGUCUUUCCAACUGUGCUCAGCGUUACUUGGAUAUGAGUGUCAUUAUCAUGAAACGCUUUCAGUCCAUGCACUAAAGGAAAUGGCAUCAUAGAUAUUUUAUGGGUACAAGAGUUGGCCUUUUGUUUCUCACUAAAUUUUUAGAUGAUGUAUUUUGUUUGGAACCCUUAUGUUCAAAUGGAUUCUGUAAUUUCAGAACUCCAGAGAUAAUUUUUUCUCUGGAUAUGUUAAAUUGCUAUGAGCCCUCUUGAUGACAUUGUCAAG